AUGAUUCCAGAUUCGUUGCCUGCUCGGUGCUCACAACUAGCUGUCAAAGUAGUAGUACGGGUUACACAUCUUAUUACACGGUCUUAUCAGGCGAAUAUUCUACCAGUUAUUGCGGCACAAGUUCGACUACCAAUGCUGGUUCAGGCAUCACUUGCAGACAAACUUGGACUUGUUGUUACACAAACAAUUGUAAUGUAUGCCCCAGCACGGGCUGCGGAUCCUCCAGCGGUUCCUCCGGCGGUUCCUCUGGUGGAUCAUCUACGGGCUCAGGUGCACGAUCGAUUGUUUCAGCGAAUAUGA